AUGGAGGAGUGGGAGUAUUUAGAAGGACACAAGGAUCUCUACAAGGACGUCAUGAUGGACAAUCAGCCGCCCCUCACAUCACCGGAGUGCGGGAAAUGUUUUUCACAGAAGUCCAUAUCUUAA